AUGGACGAAAGUCUUGUGAAUUCCAUUUUAAAUCUUUAUAAAAAUAAAAAUUGGAAAGCGAUAGUGUCUCGAUAUCACGAUCAUCCAGACAGGAGCAAGUUGUUAUGGGUGUUCCCAACAGAGGAGAAUUUUGCAUUUCUACGUGAUAGUGUGUUAGAUUUGGGAUGCGACGGAAUCUUAAGCAUUGGAUGCGGAAGUGGUUUAUUAGAAUGGAUGAUAACCGAAGCUACAGGUUUCCCAGUAUCAGGGAUAGAAAUAGAUGGAGCCUGGUGGCACUGCAAAUACGCCCCACCAACGUUUAUACCCCUAAUUUUAACAACACCCACAUUAAAUAGCAGCACUAUCAGUCUUUUGAGAGAUGCAAAAUCAGUUGCUUUGCUAUUCUGUUAUUUUAAUAAUGGACCGGCAUUUGCUGAAUAUAUCAAACAUUAUUCCGGCCCUGUAAUAGUUAUAAUUGGUCCAGGGUGCGGUAAAGGUGUUCACACAGACCCAACUCCAUUUGAGGAUUUAGGGGAAGAAUGGAAAAUGUACAGAUCGCAGGAGAUUAGAGAUAGUCAGGAUUAUAUUGCUAUUUAUCAACGGAACCAAAACAUAAAGUAG